AUGGAAUCUACAAAUAUUGACAGUAACGAAAUAGAAACAAUAAAUAAAGAAAAUAAUGUUUUUAAAGAAUCAACAAUACAACAAUUAAAUAGUUCAAUAGCAUUAAAUUCAAUAUCAAUACAACAACAACCAUCAUUAUCAUCAAUAACAUAUAGCCCUGUAAAUAGUAGUAGUAGUAAUAAUAAUAAUAGUAAUAAUAAUAUUAAUAGUAGUAAUAAUAGUAAUAAUAGUAAUAAUAAUAAUAAUAAUAAUACGUUUAAUUCAAGUUUCAAUAGUUAUAAUAGUUAUAACUAUGGUAGUUUAUUACAAUCAAAUAGCAGUAAUUGUAGUAGUAAUAAUAUUAAUAUUAAUAAUUGUCCAAAUUCCCCAAAAAGAUCAACAUCAUCAAUUUCAUUAACUUCACUAUCUUCGCGCCAUUAUAAUGCAAAUUCCAAUAACAAUAAUAAUAAUAGUGGUGGUAAUAAUAGUGGUAAUAAUAAAAUUACAAUUAAUUCAUCAACAUCAGUAUCAGAUUUUUCAAGUAUACUAACACCAUCACCUUCAUUAUUCGAUGUGUCAAUGGGAAUAUUAUCAAGUGGACCAAAUGGUGGUAUGGUCAUUGAUUUCUCUUGUCGUGAUUUUCAAAAGAUUCCAUCAAGAUUGCCAUGCGAAAAAGAAAGAAUUGAAUAUUUAAAUUGUUCACAUAAUAAUAUUUCAAUUAUUCAAAAUGAUUUCUUUAAUUCUCAUUUCAUUAAUUUAACAACUUUAAAUUUUGAAAAUAAUAAUUUAGUUAAUUUAAAAUUAUCAAAUAAUAAAUUUAAAAAGUUUCCAAAGAAAUUGGUAAAGUUAACACAAUUAAUUAAUUUGGAUUUAUCGAAUAAUAAGAUUGAAAAGGUUACUAAAGAAAUUGUACAAAUGAAAUCAUUAAAAGAAUUAUUCUUACAUAAUAAUCGUAUUCAUUAUUUACCAAAUCAAAUUUGUGAAUUAACUUUAUUCACUCUUACAUUAGAGCAUAAUCCAUCAUUAUCAUCACCACCUAUUAAUGUUUGUGAACAAGGUUUAGAAUCAAUAAUUGAUUAUUUACAUAAUGAAAAAUGUAAUAGUAAUAGUAAUAAUAAUAAUAAUAAUAAUAAUAAUAAUAAUAAUAAUGUUCAAUCACAACCAAUACCUUUAAAAAUAGUUAUACCAACUCCACCAAUACAAUCAAUAAAUUCAAAUCAAUUAACAUCGAAAAAUAAUUUUAAUAAUAAUAUUAAUAAUAACAAUAAUAAUAAUAACAAUAAUACAUCACAAGCACAAAUCCAAACACAAUCACCAUUAGCAUUAUCUUCAAAUUCAUUAUCACAAUCACAAUCAACAUUAUCAUCACCUCAACAAAUAACAUCACCAUCUGCACCAUUAUCAAAUAGUAAUAGUAAUAGUAGUUUAUCAAGUAGUGUUGGUAGUAUUGGUUCAGGUGGUGGUGGUGGUUCACCAAAAUUAUCUAGAAAACAUAAAUCAACAACAAAUAUUACAAAUUAUUUGACUACUAGUGGUGAGCAAAAAUUAUUUUCAUCAAAUGGCGACCCAACGAUAAAUCAAUCAUGUCCAACAUCAAUUACCAAUACAAAUUAUAAUGUUAAUAAAAAGACAUCAAGACCACCAUCACCUUCACCUUCACCAUCUCCUUCAAAAGAAAGGAUUGUGGAAGUUCAACAAAAUUUAUUAAAUAUUCCUGAUAAUAAAAUCGUCUCAAUCAAUAGAAAAAAUAGUAUUGAAUCGAAAUCAAGUAGUAUUUGUGCCACUUUAAAUAGUAGUAAAUUUAUUGACGAUGGUAAUUCAAAAAAUUGUGAAUCCUCUGAUAUUCUAUCAACUUCUUCUUCAAAUACAAGUAUAAGUAAUAGUAGUAGUUUAAAUAAUAAUAAUGGUAGUACAAAUAGUACUUCCACAAGUAAUAGUUGUACUAGUGGUAGUGGUAGUGGUAGUGGUAGUGGUAGUGGUAGUGGUGGUAGUACUACAAAUAAUAGUUUAAAUUCACCAUUAACACCCUCAUCAUCAUCAUCAAGUUUAGAUCAACAUCAUCAUCAUAAUCAUCAUAGUCAACAAUCAUUAGAAUCACCAAUAUCGCCAACCUUGGUUUCCACAACAACUCCAAGAACUCCAAAAACCCCCAAAACACCAAAAACCCCAAAAACCCCCAAAACACCAAAAACACCAAAAACUCCAACAUCACCAUCACUACCAUUAACAACACCAAUUCAAACUACAACUUCUCUUCAACCACCAUUUAUCCAACAAAAGAAUCAUACAGUUUCUUCACCAAUAUUUGAGAGAUUCCUAAGUAAAUUUGCUUUAAUGAAAAAAUCAAAAUCAAAAUCAAAUGCAUUGAACAACAGUGGUAAUAAUGAAUCCAAUUCCAAUCUAACUCCACCUGUAAAAGAAAGAAAAUUAAAGAAACAUGCCUCAUUAUCUGAAAUUGAAAUAAAAAAUCAAAAGAAAUCAAAUGCUCGUAAUACAUCUAGUAAUAAUAAUAAUAAUAAAGGUUCAAAUAAUAAAGAUGAACGAAGUGAAUUAUCACCAUCUUAUUCGACAUUUGAAAUUGUUAAUAAAUCAAAAAAUAAUGAUAAUAAUAAUAAAAAUAAUAAUAAUAAUAAUAAUAAUAAUAAUAAUAAUAAUAAUAAUAAUAAUAAUAAUAAUAAUAAUAAUAAUAAUAAUAAUAAUAAUGAAAAUAAUAUUAACAUAAGAGAAAAUAUAAAUAGUAGUAUUGAUAAAUUAUCAAUAUUACCAUCAUCACCAACAUCACCACCAAUUGUUGCAAGUAGUUUCCAAGUUUCAUUUACAAAUAAUUUAUUAACUUCACCAACUUUAAUUUCAAGUGGUAGUAUUACAACAACUACAACAACAACUACAACAACAACUACCACAACAACUACAAGUGUUGAAUUGGUUGAAGAUUUAUCAAAUCAAGAUAAUGAUGGUGAUCAUGAACCAUCAAUUAAAGAUUUAAUUGCAUCUUUUAACAAUGGUAAUGGUUUAAUUGAUAUUAAUCAUUUAAAUAAUGGUAAUAAUAGUAGUUAUGUUGAAAGAGGUAAAGGUUCAAUUAUGAUACCCUCCCAUUUAGAUAUUAGUGGUGAGUCAUUUAGAUGUGGUGGUAGUGUAUUACAACAUCAUAAUGAUAUUAAUUUCUCUUCAAGUCCGUCACUCUCUUCAUCAUUUAAUUUAUCCUCUUCACCAUCAAUUACUUCAAAUAUAAAUAAUAAUAAUAACAAUAAUAAUAAUACAUCAUUAAAUUCUUCAAUUUUAAAAGAAAAUCAUAGAAAAGAAAAAAUUAAAAUUAAUAGAUUAAAUUUAGAAGAAAUUCAUCAACAUCAUUUAAAUGGUCAUUAUAACAAUAAUAAUAAUAAUAGUAGUAAUAAUAGUAGUAACAAUAAUAGUAAUAAUAAUAAUAAUAAUAAUAAUAGCCAUAGUAGUAGAAGUCAAACCUCAUCUCCAUCAACACCAAAUAAUCAUCAUAAGGAUAAUAAAGAAUCUUCAACUCCAUCAUGUUCAACUCAAUCAACACCAGAAUUGAAACCAAUGUCGCCACCAACAAGUGGUAAAUCUUCAAAUGGUAAAUCAUUUUUAUCAUUAUCAGUAUCAAUUGGUCAAAAUCUAAUACCAAAAUCAAUUCAAAAACAACCAAUUUUCCAAAAGAUGUCAUCUGUAUUAGACAUGAAAAAGAAUGGAUCAAAUUCAAAAUCACCAGUAACCUCACCAACAUUAGUUAGUACAAAACCAUCAAUUGUACCUUUAUUACAAUUACCAGUAAAUAAUGGAGUUGGUGGUAGUAGUAAUAGUCCAAUGGUUAAUAGAAGUAAUAGUGGUGGAGGUAAUCCAUUAUUCUUAAAUUUACAAUCAUUAGGUGGUGGUAGUGGUUCAAAUACACCAUCAGCUACUUCAUCAUUGGCUGAAUUUAAUUCUGCAAAUCCUGUUUCACCAAGAGGUCAUAGAAAUAGAACUCAUUUUAGAAAUAAUUCUUCAUCACAAACUCAAGAUAUUGUUGAUUGUUUAAUUAAUAAUAAUAACAAUAAUAAUAACAAUAAUAAUAAUAACAAUAACAAUAAUAAUAUUAAUAAUAAUAAUAAUAAUAAUAAUAAUAAUAAUAAUAAUAAUAAUGGUAGUGGAAAUAAUAUUUAUAAUUAUAAUAAUUAUUUAAAUUCUCAUAAUGGUAAUAAUAAUUCAUCAGCUGGUAUUGGUGGAAAUGGUGAAACUUUAACACCACCAAUGACAACUAGAACUAGAGAAAGAAGAGGUACAAUUUCAUCAGAAAGAGAUUUAAGAAUGUUAUGUAUUCCAGUUUUAACCGAUAUUCUAAAUGAUUUAAAUGGCAGAAAAUGUUUUAAAUCAUUCUUACAAACUGAAUACUCUCAAGAGAAUCUAGAUUUUUGGUGUUUGGUUGAAUCUUAUCAUAAAUUAGAGAGUAAACGUGAGAAGUUAAUUCAAUGUGAAAAGAUCUAUAAAGAAUUUAUCACUGAUAAUUCUGCUCAACAAAUUAAUAUACCUGGUACAAUCUCAAAACAAAUCGAAGAAAAUUAUAAUAACAAAACUUCAAUUGAUACCAUUUUCGAUGAGGCUCAAUCUGCUAUCUUUCAAUUAAUGGAAUGUGAUAGUUUUGAAAGAUUUAAAAAAUCCUCUUUUUAUUUCCAAUACUAUUCUUCCCCAAUACCUUCAAAUAUAAAAAAUAUUGGUCAAAUGGUUUAA